CUUGGAGCAGUAGAUCGUGCUGGUUAUCACAACUCAGAUUGUUGCAGCUAAAUGAAAAAUGACCACAGAGAUGAUCUUAUGUGAGCCAGUUCUUGCAACAAACACCACGAUUAUAGCUGGGAAUCAUUGACAAGGACGUCCCGAUCUGCCGCAACGGCAAGAUAGAUUCUGUGUCUUGCUUGAAAUUUCGAGUUGUGUAUCGUAUCUUCUCCAUACUUUCUUACUACUUUUUCAUUUCUGCUUAUCCCGAAAACAAAAGAAGAUGAAGAUGAGGUGGAACCACACGAAAACGCUCGCGUACCUGACCGCUGCGUUCUUCCCCGGGGGCCUUGUGGAGGGUCGCACAGUCCAUCGCCGCCUCUCGCGCUUCCUGGGAACUAGACCCGCGAACGCGAUGAUUGAUCCAUUUUUGGAGCCGGACGUGUCUGUCAUGAUUCGGUGUCCGCAGUGGCGCGCGGCCCUCCCGAAUUUCUCCUAUCCGACGCCGCUGACCUCCCGAGACGCGCACGCCUUGGCCGGGAAGUUUCUGCAUGCCGCACCGGCGCAGACGAUUCCCUAUUCUUGUACUCCUGGUGAUGCCAUCUUCAAGCACGACCGAGCAAAGCUGCACACAUUUCGAUCUAAUACGAGCACAACCAAUCCUGAUGUUGCCGGCCCGGGGACUUCAGUCACUGAUCAAUUUCAAUUUGAGCGCGAAGGCGGCCCGCUUCGAUUCAGGAUGAUGCUGCCCAGCACAUCUAGAACCAAGGACUCAUCUUCUACUUCAACCUCUACCACAGAUGUAGAUGUUGACGUCGACCAGGGGGCGGGCCCUCCUGAACAAGAUAGAUUCUUGCAAAGUCAACGAACAGGAACAGAACCUUACAAGACCGCACGAGACGAGGACGUUGCAACACCUACGACAAGCACAAGUAGUGCGAGUGCCACGACACCGUAUCACAGCUACACCGACUGUCCGCCGGAAUGCGAUCCGUACGUCGAAGAUCAUGUUGAUAACGAUAAAUCCGCCAGAUCUUCUUCCCUGCUGCGUCACUGCAUUAGCUCUUCGUUUGAUUUGCGACGUUACCCGAGGACGGACUUUCGGGACAUCAUUAGCGAGCAAAGACGAGAGCGCUGGCCGCUGCGGCGCAUGAUCGUGGUCUCCGAGUCCACCGCCGAUGGAGGUGAUAGUAGUUAUUCUUUCCCGAAAACCCCCAUGUCAGAAGCCGCGCCCCGAUCGCCGACGGCAGACGCCGCGGAAAAAGGCCCCGCGAAUUAUGGACCACAUGUUGAAAGGCGGUCGUCGUGUACUAGAAGGGAUCAAAUUUGUUCUGCAAAGAACAGUUUUCUGAAACCUCCGACUUAUUUCGGCCGCGGCCUCCUGUCCAACUUCCUUGGCAACAUGCGCUUUCCGUCCUGGGCGGGCUCUUCUCGCGCGGUGUCCUCAUCUGCGUCUAUAGAUGAUGCUGCCACAUCAUCGUCUGUGGAAAGCGCAGCUGCUUCGUCCGGCAAGCAUUCCAGCCUGCGCAGUAGUACAAAAAAGUCCGGCCGCAGCUUCGUGAAUUUUGACGCGUUGCUAACCUUCCUGCGAGAGUACCUACUGGUAGGAAAUUCUCAUCAAUACAGUUACAGUGUCAACAACAGUGGGUCAUCUUCGCAAGAACAAAAAGCUGCUGCUUCUGCACCUGCUGCACCAUCUGGCUCAGCGGGACCACCGCCACCUCAAGUCGAGGACACAAAAACUAAGAGCGUCGAUAUCCGGAAACUUUUUGACCACCGUGUCAACGCCGCAUUGUCCGCAGCUCCGGUUUUGGAAGAAGCGCCAGAUCAUAUGAGCUGCAACCCGGCUUCCCUGUACGACCAUCCGGUUGAAAUCAAUCGCCUACAGCCGAAAACCCACAGCAAGUGCCGCUACCGCUGUUCCAGUGCCGCGGGGCUGUUGACGCGAGAACAGGCACUGUGGCUGAUUGGGGCGAUCCGAGACUUGGAUGUGGAGGACGAGGUUUUGACUGUCAAUUGGCUGGAGUUUGACGCGGCACUGCCAGGCUGGCUCGAGGAACAGCUUACGGCUUGGACGGUAGUUAGAAAUCCCGGCCGCGGAUAUUGUGCGGAUAUUAUGACUCAAAUGGAAAACGUGCGACAGUUUUUCUCUCGUCGCGGUCGAUCUCUCUUGCCGACCCCCAGCCCCUCGCCCAAGGCCAGGGGUGCGCCGGGGAUGGGCUAGGGGAGGGUCGGCCAGGGGCGGGGGGGUGGGGACCCCGUUCCGACCCCUGAUCGCGGCCGACCCCGGCAAACGCCUGGCCUGGCCCCAUGCAUGUUGGCCGAUUGCUCGUGGGUGGUCGGCCCAUUUUUUCGUUGCAGCCUUGGGAAUCACGCCUCCGCCUUGGCCUUGCGAGUCUGUCUGGCAUGGAGGCCAGGUGCCGGGGACAGACUCCCAAGACUGCGGAGUUGGUGGUACUCACCUGUAGCAGUGGCCAGGAGCCUUCAGCCCUGGAAGGUUCGUUGGACAGGACUUCCUGGCCAAGCCUCCGUCUUGGGAGUCCUUCGUCAAGGAGGCAAAAAAGUGUUCGCGGACUGGCCAAAAAAAAGGCCCCGCGGAUUUGUUGGACAGGCACGAUUUGUGGCGCCCGUUUCCUGACCCAAAAAAUCCACCAUAGCGUGCGGGCGCGGAUUUUUUGGUACAAAUCCGCGACAAAUCCGCGGACCCGCUUUUCGACAAAUCCGCGGACCCCCUUUCGACAAAUCCGCGGACCCCCUCCGCCGAGUCCGCGAAUCGAGUACCCGAUCGGGAUUGGCGCCUUGCCAAGUGCCCUCGGGGGGCUUUAGCAGGCUGCUAUGGCCCAUCCGCGGCGAUCAUCAAAGGCGCGUCCGCUUUGGGAGCUGGCGGGCCUCCUUGCCCUGGAACCUCCGGGGGGGCCUUCCAGGCUGCUAUGGCCCCGGUCGGGGAAGGGCUUGGGGAGGGACUGGGGGAGGGGCCGCAGGGGUGGGCCAGGGGUCGGUGGGGCAGGGGAGGGCGAGCCAGGGGAGGGUGGGCCCGGGGUCGGUGGGGCAGGGGUGGGCCAGAGGAGGGCCAGGGGAGGGUGGGCGGCCAGGGUUGGGCCAGGGGCCGGUGGGGCAACCAGGGGUGGGCCAGCCAGGGGCGGGCCAGCCAGGGGCGGGCCAGCCAGGGGCGGGCCACCCGGGGCGGGCCACCAGGGACCCAAAUCCGCACAAUAUCCGCGCGCUGUUGUUCUAACAGGUGUCCAAGCUCUAAGGAACAGCGGGCGAGAACGCGCAGAAUGUGCAGCGGCAUGUCCGUGCAGGUACCGUACGCGUACGUCGAGGACGAUAACGAGUUUAAUAUUAAUACGUCCUCCGCUGCAAGUGGGAGCUUCGGCACGAAGCACGAGGAUCCGGAGAAAUUCUGGGGACCAGAAUCAAACACAGAGUGGAACGCUUUUGAAGGGGUGUGAGGCGACAACUACGAAGGAUCGUAGGUAUUUUCCGAAAAAAAAUACAAGAGCGUGUCGGAGGAGGGAGUUGUGCCGAGCCCCGCUCGGUGAACUAAUCAUCAUCAAGAACCUGAUAAAGGUAGUACGAGACAAACGACUUUCACCUUUAGCGUUUUUCUUUUUCGCAAUGAAUCAAAAUUAUGUACUCUGUCUUUCCAGCAUGUAGCUACAUUAACCAAUUUGAAAUUACUUUUUGCAAUCCAGAGAAUACAGUUUUUUUUACAGCAGAUUGAGCUUUGCUUACGUGGUUAUGAAGAAAUCGAUAUCAUCUUUCUGCAACACUCUGUCAAAGUUUAACAACGAGCACGACAAAGCACAACCCAACGUUCCUUUCAUGAAAUUAAUUCGCAAUAAAACUUGAAUUCUCAAUUCUUGUUUCGUCGCGAAUGAAAACCAAAAUGCACAAACUCACACUGUAUACGUCAAAAAUGGAUUUUGAUCUUUUGGGAAUGAAC